AUGCCGCUUUGGGAUCAAUACACGCUAUCAGCUGCAACCCUGGCGUCGAGCAUCCUCGUCGUGCUCCUCUACCUCCUCUUUUCGCCGUCCUCUACCUCUUCACAACCUCCCAAUCCUGCAGGCUACACACGUCUCAGCAGUGUCGAUGAUGAAUCUCCUGACGCCUCGCUCGACGGCGCAGAGAUAGCCGUGAAGCACGAGGUGGACGGGUAUCCUUUUGAGCUGCGCAAGGCUCUUGGUACACCGGUCGAUGCUGCCAGCUACGAAUCAAAACGCUUGGUGGUGCAUAUUGGUAUCGCUGUACUUGCCGUCAUCGGGUUGGCGGUGGAUGCCACUUCCAUCGUGACACAAGUUUUCGUUGAUCGAGAUGCAGCGCAAUCACUACAGACCACCAUCUACUUUACCUCGACGUGCGCAGCUUUGCGCACCCUCACAGUGGUGCUCGCCAUGCUCGACCUCCAUCUGGCCGAAUCCACUCGACUCGUCUUCAUCUCAACCCUCAGCAUGGUCUACCUCCUAGCUCAGCUGCUCGUCUUCCUCAUGGACUACAAGCUUUCUCUCCCCGGGUUAGGUGGUGACUCAAAUGUCGUAUUGCACGCCGUCAAUAUCGUAUCUAGCUUCGUCGUCUUUUUGCUAGCAUUCUUCUCCCCCACUGGUCCUGCUAUUCGCGUCGAGGCGACAGACAGCUUGUCCGCGAGAACAGUUGUUCGCAAUGCCGUCGGUGGUGGUUCGGUGGCUCAGGACGUCUGGGGAUUCCUCGCUGCUCCCGUCGUCGGCAAGGCUUACCGGGAAAGUCGUAUCGAUCAAGACGAUAUCCCUGCGCUCGAUUAUACUUUCAGAUCGGCGAUCCUUGCUGAGGAGAUGAUUCGCGAGUAUCGGCGUUCGCUCGCAAAGUCGCUUGCCAAGGUGCCGAACGGCGCGGAGCGUACGGACAGCGUCAAAGCGCGGGCGCUGCUGAGCGCGUUGGUCAAGUGCAAUGCUGCUCAGCUUGUACAGACCGCGAUCAUGCUGCUGAUCGUCACGUUUGCAUUCUACGCGCCUAAGCUGGGUCUCAAGCUGUUGCUCGAUGGCAUAGAGAGUUAUGAAGCCUCACUGCGAGCCGGGAAAGGCGACGUACACGAUACCGUGGCCAAGAGGGCAAGGUCCACACUCAUCUAUUCGGCUUCUUUCUACCUCAUCCUCUUUUUCGAAAACUUUCUCAUCUACUACUACUUCCGCCCACUCACUGUAUUCCUCAAGGCCAAAGUGCAGACGCAGCUCACCACCUUGCUAGCGUGGAAGAGGCUGCGUCAGAAGGAAGCUUCCGCCAAAGAAACCGAGGUCAACGCAAAGGACGCCAGCGCCACCGACGAGAGCGAAGAGCAGGAGGGCGGUGGUUCCUUCUCGUCUCCCUCUCAAGUGAUCAACCUCGUGACCACGGACGUGACGCGCAUCUUUUCUCGCCUCGACAUGUAUAGCUUCGGCAUCAUGGGUCCUCUCGAAGUGUUCGUCGGAGGGUACUCGGCCUACUACCUCCUCGGCAACGGUGCGCUCAUUGGUCUUGCUGUAGCCGCUAUCAUGCAACCCAUCGCCCUGGUUCUUGGAAAAGUCACCAAGCGCAUCGACGAAAGGUUGCAAAUGACGCGCGAUCGGCGAGUCAUGCUGCUCUCCGAAGCCAUCCGCGCGAUCCGCAUGGUCAAAUACGAAGCUUGGGAGGACGAGAUCGGUGAAAAGAUCAUGCUGGAGAGGAGGGCCGAGCUCAAGUGCCAAGCCCAGAGUUGGGCCGUGUACACCUUCUUUGGAGGCUUCUUUGCGCUCGUUCCCAUGUUGACGAUCGUUGUUGCUUUCGGAUGGUACACCUUGGUGGAUGGGAACACGUUGACUGCGUCCGUGGCUUUCCCGGCGGUGGCGGUGUUGAUGGAGUUGAGAUUCGCGGUGAGUUAUUUGCCGAGCAACUUUUUGAACAUCAUCCAGGGAUGGGUUUCGAUGAAGCGUAUCGCAGUGUAUAUGGAGACGGGCGAGGUGGAGAUUCACGGCCACGAGUACAGACCGCAGACGUUGAGCGGUGCCAAGGACUUAGCUGCGAGAGCGAGUUCUGGUGUGGGAAGGAUCGAGCUCAGGCACGCUGAGAUCACCUGGCCGUCGGAUGGUGAUGAUGUUCCCAAAAAGUCCUCGAUACCGACGUCGGCACCGACGUUCACACUCUCGAUCCCGGAAGCGGCAUUCGAAGUGGGUCAAACGAACCUCGUCUGCGGCAAAAUCGGAUCAGGAAAGACGCUCCUCCUCCUCUCACUCCUCGGCGAGGCCAAUCUGCUCUCUGGCAGCAUCGAUUGUCCACGCUCCCAUCCCGCAGCUUCCCUCUACUCCGCUCGCUCAGCCUCCUCACAAGGUCGUUCGUGGUGGAUCGACCUCUCCCUCUCCGCUUACGCCCCGCAACGACCCUUCCUCUUCAACGCCACCGUCCGCGAGAACAUCCUCUUCGGCCUCGAAUACAACGCGCACCGCUACCGCUCCGUCAUCUUCGCAUGCGGUCUCAAACCCGACCUCAAGAUCUUCAAGGACGGCGAUCGCACCGAGAUCGGCGAGGGAGGUACCAACCUCUCCGGAGGCCAAAAGGCACGCAUCUCGCUCGCAAGGGCUGUCUACUCUCACGCUGGCACCGUGUUGAUCGACGACUGUUUGUCGGCGUUGGAUUCGCAUACGACGAAGCACGUGUGCGAGAAGCUGUUCGAUGGUGGGAAGGGUGGGUUGCUGGAAGGGAGGACGACGAUUUUGGUGACGCACCACGUGAGGUUGAUGGCGGGGAGGUGUAAGAAGGUGUUGGUUCUGCAGGAGGGCAGGCAGGCGUUCUUUGGAAGUGCGGGGCAGUUCACGAGCAGCAUCUACUAUCAAGGACUGGAGAGUGAAGAGAAAGGUGAGGAUGCUGGCGGCGAGGAGACGCCAAAUUUCGGAUCGAACAGUAGCACCGCGGCAAACUCAGCCAACAACAGCGAUGAGGAGGAGGCGGAUGAGGAGAGUGGAUUGUUGGAGAACGGUGGGAACAAGAACGCCGCUGCGUCGGCGUUCUCGCAGAGGACGAUUGGAGCUGGAGAGGGAAGGGAGGGAUUGAGAAGACCGCCAUCGACUUCGGCGUUUAGUCAUAUUUCAGGUUUACACGACGGUCGGCCCGAGGACGAAGAAGCAGCGGCGGCGGAUGAAGCGCACAAGCAGGUGACGGAAGAAGGCAGAGCAGAGGGACGAGUCUCGUCUGCCGUCUACAGCGGAUACAUUCGUGCUGGCGGUGGUGCCUUGCUCUGGCUUGCGCUGAUGGGCAGCUUUGCCGUCAACGCAUUCUCCGACCUCGGUGCCAACUGGUGGCUGCGUCUCUGGGCUCAAUCCUCCACCACGCAAGAGCACACCACGGAAUGGUGGCUCGCUCGCUGGGUCGUCAUCCAACUCAUCCAGGUCUUUGGCAUGACGGCCGGUUACGCAUUCAUCUGCAUCGCCUCCCUCCUCGCAGGCAAACGACUCUUCGACCAAUUGCUCCGAACCGUACUCCGCGCACCCCUCCGCUUCCACGACUCGACACCCUCCGGAAGACUCCUCAAUCGCUUUGGGCGAGACAUGGAAGCCAUCGACUCGAACAUCGCCGAAGAACUCACCGAGGCGGUCAAAUGCCUCAUGACGGCUUUCGCCGCUCUCAUCGCCACCUGGCUCGGUGGCGGUCCCAUCGUCAUUGUCAUCCUCCUCUUUUUGGCUCCCAUAUUCUACUACAUCGUGGCAACCUUCACCCUCGCUGCGCGAGACCUUAAACGACUCGACUCGAACUCGGCCUCGAAACGUAUCACCUGCUUCACCGACCUCAUCACCGGCGUCGUCACCGUGCGCGCCUUCGGCUCGUCCGGAGCGUACUUUGCGACGUUGAUGGAGAGGCUGGACGAGAACAUGACGUUCUACUUUUGGCAGGGGACGGUGAGACAGUGGCAGUCGCUGCUGCUGAGUUUGGCGAGUUCGGGCGUGGUGAUCUCGACGGUGUUGGUGGUAACCUUAUCGCCGGGUUUCACGGCGGCGAGGGCAGGGUUCACGUUGAGCUUCGUUCAGAGUCUGACAGCGAUGUUGACGUAUGGCAUGAGGUCGCUGUCGAACGUGGAGCAAGGGUUGGUUGCGGUGGAACGUGUGAUGGAGUACUUUGGGAUCGAAACGGAACCGCUGGAUUCGGCUCCCACUGGAACGCAGGAAUCAUCGGUGUCGACGAGUUGGCCGGAGAAGGGAGCGAUCGAGAUUCAAGACCUUCACCUGGCGUACGCGGAGAACCUGCCGGAUGUGUUGGAUGGCAUCACGCUGUCGAUCCGAGCGGGCGAGAGGGUGGGUAUCGUCGGUGCUACCGGAAGCGGCAAAUCUACCUUGGUAUCUGCGCUGUUCAGGUUCUUCGAGUAUCGAUCCGGUCACAUCCUGAUCGAUGACGUCGACAUCGGCAGGAUCGGCCUCAAAACUCUGAGGAGCAGGAUGAAGAUCGUACCGCAGGACCCUCUCAUCCUCUCCGGAACGCUGCGAAGCGCUGUCGAUCCUCUUGAAACGCACACCGACACGGACAUCACGCGCGUGCUCAUCAAAGUCGGCCUCCUCAAAGAAAAGACCAACGGAUACGGAACCUUCGAUACAACUCUUCGUCAACCAGGUGGAGAAAGUACCAGCUCCUCCACCCUUCUCUCCUCCACCUCCCAGACCGCUGACGACAGUGACGACUCCGGAACGCUCUCAUCGCUCGAAUCGCGCAUCGAAGAGAGCGGAAGCAACCUCUCCUCCGGCCAAAAACAACUCCUCUCGCUCUCGCGCAUCCUCCUCUCCUCCUCCACCGACAACCGUGCUGCCAACAAGAUCGUCGUGCUGGACGAAUCCACUUCGUCGAUCGACUACACGACGGACGCCAAGAUCCAGUCGCUGCUGGACGCGCACUUCAGCGAACACGGUACGACGGUGUUGGCGAUCGCGCACAGGUUGCGCACGAUCAUCGGGUUCGAUACGGUGGUGGUGUUGGACAAGGGCAAAGUGGUGGAGAGGGGUAGUCCGAGGGAGCUGCUUGGGAGGGAGGAUGGGUGGUUUACGAGGUUGGCGAAGAGCACGGGGCAGGAGGAGUAUGCGGAUCUGAAGAGGUUGAUGGGAUUGUAA